AUGGAUCGUGGAAAGAAGAUCGUUUUAUCUGGGUCGGAGGCAGCAGUGAUUAACCUGGGUUCUCUCCGGGUUGACCCACGGCUGGGCAAGGACCGCUGGUUGGUCGGAAAACUUCUCUGCAGAGGGGAGUUCAACGACAGAACUUUUCGUAAUGUCUUUCAGAGUCUGUGGAAGUCCCGGAAUGGGGUCGAAGUGAGGCAGCUUGAUCAGAACCUCUUCACCUUUAAAUUUUCAUCAGUACAGGACCGUGAUUCAGUUCUGUUCUCAGGGCCUUGGACCUUCAACCGCUUCUCCGUGGUGCUGGAAAUCCUCGACAUUAAGAUUCAUCCUUCGAAGGUACCUCUUGCACGCCUACCGUUUUGGAUCCAUGUAUACAAUCUUCCAUAUGCAUGCUGGUCCGAGGCAGUGGCUAAGGUGCUGGGUCAGUCGUUCGCGGGGUAUAUUACUUGGGACAGGAAGGGUAACAGGAAGUUAGGAGCGUUUUUCAGACUUAAGGCUUGGGUGGACAUCACCAUUCCUCUUCGGCGUGGCCAGGCGCUAGCGGCUGAGGGGGGAGAUCAGAUUGAAGUGUAUUUUACGUAUGAAAAGCUGCAUAAUUAUUGCUUCAGGUGUGGCUUCUUGGAUCACUUAGCUAAAGAUUGCACCCUGGAGGUUAACUUGGAGGGCGCAGACUCGCCUUAUGGGGGAUUACGGGCUGAGGAUAAUGCUUGGGACCCAGAGAAUGCACAAUGGAACAUGAACAGGUUUGCUGCUCCCCCUUCUCGGGAGAGAAACGAUAAUGCAUCCAACGCUACUGGUCAGAAGCACAAUUCUAAUCAGAGUGAUAAUGUAGAAGAUGAUGAUUUUGACUUGGAACAAGUCGAGGAGGAGGGUGAUGAAGAAUUCUCCUUCAUGCCCGGUUCUGAAACUGUUGCAGCACAUGAUUCUUGUCCCAUGAAGGGGCCUUUUGAUGGUGACAACGUUCACAAGGAGAAGGACACUGACGGACUUGUUGGUGGUUCAAAGGAUCACAGAAAGCGGUCUGGGUCUUCCUCUUCAGGCCCAGAGCUGAAAGGGACAGGAGCUUCCCCACCUUUGAAGAGACUUAAUAUUGAUGAUGGAUUGGGAUCGGCGGCGACUGCUGGGCAGUCCCGCCCACCUCAAUGA